CUGAUGGAGAACAAGACAGAAGUGAUGGAGUUCAUCCUCCUAGGCCUGACCAAUGCCCCAGAACUGCGAGUCCCCCUUUUCUUCAUGAUCACUGUCAUCUACUUUAUUAAUGUGGUUGGCAACCUGGGGAUGAUUGUCUUGAUUCUUGUAGACCCUGGUCUCCAUGGCCCCAUGUACUUUUUCCUCGGUAACCUGUCCCUGGUGGACUUUGGAUACUCCUCAGCUGUCACACCCACAGCUGUGACUGGGCUCCUUAUGGAAGACCAGGUCAUUUCCAAAAGUGCAUGUGCAGCUCAGAUGUUCUCUUUUGCAGUCUUUGCUACUGUGGAAAAUUUUCUCCUGGCCUCCAUGGCCUAUGACCGCUAUGCAGCAGUGUGCAAGCCCCUGCACUAUACCACCACCAUGACCACAAGUGUGUGUGCAUGGUUAGCCAUAGGCUGCCAUGUCUGUGGCUUCCUGAAUGCCUCCAUCCACACUGGAGAAACAUUCAAUCUCUCUUUCUGUAACUCCAAUGUGGUCCAUCACUUUUUCUGUGAUGUUCCAGCAGUCAUGGCUCUGUCUUGCUCUGAUAGACAUGUUAAUGAACUGGUUCUAGUUUAUGUAGCAACCUUCAAUGUCUUUUUUGCUCUCCUCAUUAUCUUGAUAUCUUAUUUAUUCAUAUUCAUCACUAUUCUAAAAAUGCACUCAACUUCAGGAUAUCAGAAGGCUCUGUCCACCUGUGCUUCCCACCUUACCUUAGUCUCCAUUUUCUAUGGGACCAUCAUCUUCAUGUACCUGCAGCCCAGCUCCAGUCACUCCAUGGACAGGGACAAAAUGGCGUCUGUGUUCUACACCAUGGUGAUCCCCAUGCUGAAUCCACUAGUCUACAGCCUGAGGAACAAGGAGGUCAAGAGUGCAUUCAAAAAGGUUAUUUGGCAGGCAAAAUUGUCUUUAAGAUUUAGAUUUUAA